CCAGUCCAGGCCCCGCCCCCGCGGUCCUCUUAACCCCCCGCGGCUCCCGGUGGCGGCGAAGGUGGCCCGGCGGCGCAGGGACGAUGGCGCUGGCGGUGCUGUGCUGCGUGCUGCUGCUCCUGGCGGGAAACUUCGCAGCCUCUGUGGAGAGAGAGCACAGCGGGCCUAGAAGCGCAAACUGUGCUCUGUACCACUUACCAGGGUGUGCCAAAAACCUGGACCCCGUGUGUGGGAGCGACCUGCUCACCUAUCCCAACGAGUGUUACCUGUGCACGAAGAUCUGGAAGGAGGGGCGCGAUAUUAAAGUCAUCCGAGAGGAGCCAUGCUGAAGGCAGCCGAGAUGCCGGGGACGCCGCCCUCCCCCUCCCGCAACGGACCCGCUUCCCGGGCUACCUUGCAGGAAGUUUGUUGGCCCACCUAACAAAGGAGCGGUGUGGAGGACGGUUUAGUAGAAAACCUUGCUUCUUCACUUGUGCCCUUUAGUUCAGGUUGUGCACUGCUUUAUUUAGUUGGAAUAAAAUCAGCAUUGAAUUUG